AUGGGCUUGGAAGCGGAAAAAACCAAAAAUCAAGAGAUUGAAACAUCUGAGGUACAAGAAGAGUACACACCCUACAAGCCCGCAAAGGGCUAUGGCUGGGGUGAGGCUUUGCCCGAGAAGCAAGGUCUGUAUGACCCUAGCCUCGAGAAGGAUGCUUGUGGUGUAGGCUUUGCAGCCCACAUCAAGGGCAAGGCGAGCCACAAAAUCAUUAGCGAUGCCCGUAAUCUCCUCUGUAACAUGACCCAUCGUGGUGCGGUCGGUUCAGAUGCUCGAGACGGCGAUGGUGCGGGUGUGAUGACCUCUAUCCCACACAAAUUCUUCGUCAAGAACUUCGCCCGCGAGGUUGGCGUCGAAUUGCCACCCCUCGGACAGUAUGCAGUCGGUAACUUGUUUUUCAAACCAGAUACUGAGAUGCUCAAGCUGGCAACUGUUAGCUUUGAGGAAGCUGCAGAAUCACUGGGUCUUCGUACCCUAGGCUGGCGUGAAGUUCCCCGGGAUUCGACCUUACUCGGUCCAGCCGCGCUUUCUCGCGAACCCAUCAUUUUGCAGCCGUUCGUUGUUCUUGCCUCUGCGUAUGGCACCGACAAGCCCACAACCACAGAUAAAGAACAAUUUGAUGAUGUUGAAUUCGAGCGAAAGCUCUAUAUUCUGCGAAAGACUGUCUCUCAUGAUUCUCGGUGGAAACCUUGGUUUUAUGUUUGUAGCUUGUCCAACCGGAACAUUGUCUACAAGGGACAAUUGGCCCCCGUACAGGUCUAUCAAUACUACCAUGAUUUGGUCUCGGUGGACUAUGAAGGGCAUUUCGCCCUCGUUCACUCCAGAUUCUCAACAAACACCUUCCCCUCGUGGGAUCGAUCGCAGCCUCUACGAUGGCUUGCUCAUAACGGUGAAAUAAAUACCCUACGGGGGAACAAGAACUGGAUGAGAGCACGCGAAGGUGUUCUGAACUCCGACCUCUUUGGAGACGAUCUUGAGAAGCUUUUCCCCAUCGUCGAAGACGGAGGUUCUGAUUCCGCAGCCUUCGACAAUGUGAUGGAACUGUUGGUCAUGAACCGUGUUCUUUCUCUGCCAGAGGCUGUGAUGAUGAUGGUUCCUGAGGCCUGGCAAGGCAAUCAGGCCAUGGAUCCUGCUAAAGCCGCUUUCUACGAGUACUCGGCCUGCUUGAUGGAGCCAUGGGAUGGUCCUGCUCUCUUCACAUUCUCUGAUGGCCGAUACUGCGGUGCCAACCUCGAUCGAAAUGGACUCAGACCCUGCCGUUACUAUGUCACGGACGACGAUAGAAUUGUCUGCGCUUCAGAAGUCGGCACCAUUGCCAUUGAACCGGAACGAGUCAUUCUGAAGGGUCGCCUUCAACCCGGAAAAAUGCUUCUCGUCGACACCGAGGCAGGCCGUAUCAUCGACGAUGCUGAGUUGAAAGCGACUGUCGCCAAAAGACAACCUUUUCAACAAUGGCUGGACAAGCAUCUCAUGAAGAUGCCUGUUGUCACCGAAUCUCUGGGCCAAAAGCUCGAUCUGCAAUACAAACUCAAUGACGAAUCUAUUCAGGAAGAUGUCAGAUUUCGCGCUUUUGGAUAUUCCUUUGAACAGGUCAGUCUUCUGCUCGGACCCAUGGCAGCGGAUUCGAAAGAAGCACUUGGUUCUAUGGGUAACGAUGCACCACUUGCAUGCCUCGCACAGCAGCCUCGAUUGCUGUUUGAGUAUUUCAGACAACUCUUCGCUCAAGUCACCAACCCACCUAUUGAUCCCAUCCGAGAAGCCAUUGUCAUGUCCCUAGAGUGUUACAUUGGGCCUCAAGGCAAUCUGCUGGAAAUGGAAGAAUCACAAACUGGCAGACUCUUGCUUCCUUCCCCAAUCCUCGAGAUUGAGACUUUCAAUGCUCUGAAGAAUAUGGCCAAAUAUCAAAAGGAGUGGACGGUCAAGACCAUUGACAUCACCUUUGAUAAGUGGUCGGGCGUUGAGGGAUACAAGCAAGCACUGGAUGCUAUCUGUGAAGCAGCCACUGAGGCCAUUGAGGCAGGUGACAAGAUCAUCAUUCUCUCUGAUCGGGCAACAUCAGCCGAUAGAGUUCCUGUUUCCUCACUCCUGGCCACUGGUAUGGUUCACCAUCAUCUGGUCCGCAACAAAUGGAGAUCUCGGGCAGCACUCGUUGUUGAAACUGCAGAAGCGAGAGAGGUUCAUCAUAUGUGCGUUCUCGUUGGUUAUGGUGCUGAUGCUAUCAAUCCUUACCUGGCAAUGGAGUGCAUCUUGAAGAUGAACCGUGAGGGCCUUUUUAGAAAGAAGUUGUCAAAUGAGCAAAUCAUUGCAAAUUACAAGGCUUCAUGCGACGGAGGUAUUCUGAAAGUCAUGAGCAAGAUGGGUAUCUCUACUCUUCAAUCCUACAAGGGUGCUCAGAUCUUCGAAGCUCUGGGUAUUGAUGACUCUGUCGUCGACCGUUGCUUCGCUGGUACUGCUACCCGUGUUCGAGGUAUGACAUUUGAGCUCAUUGCAGAAGAUGCUUUUGCUUUCCAUGAGAAAGGGUAUCCUUCACGGCACAUUCGCGAAAUCCCUGGAUUAGCGGAGUCCGGAGAAUAUCAUUGGCGUGAUGGUGGAGAGCCUCAUAUCAACGACCCUGUCAGCAUUGCCAAUAUUCAGGACGCCGUCCGAACGAAGAAUGACAAGUCCUACGAAGCCUAUUCUCUGUCCGAGUACGAGCAGAUCAAGAACUGUACGCUACGCGGCAUGCUUGAUUUCGACUUUGAGCAGCGAAAUCCAGUGCCUAUCGAUCAAGUUGAGCCUUGGACAGAGAUUGUACGAAGAUUUGUGACAGGUGCUAUGUCUUAUGGCUCGAUCUCCAUGGAAUCUCACUCGACAUUGGCUGUUGCAAUGAAUCGUCUUGGCGGAAAGUCCAACACCGGUGAAGGUGGUGAGGAUCCUGAGCGAAGCUUGAAGAUGGAGAAUGGAGACUCUAUGCGCUCAGCUAUCAAGCAGAUCGCUUCCGGCCGCUUUGGUGUCACUUCCAAUUACCUUGCCGAUGCAGAUGAGCUUCAGAUCAAGAUGGCUCAAGGUGCUAAGCCUGGUGAGGGUGGUGAACUUCCUGGUCAUAAAGUAUCCGAAUCUAUCGCACGCACCAGACAUUCAACGCCUGGUGUCGGUCUCAUCUCUCCUCCGCCGCAUCACGAUAUUUACUCUAUCGAGGAUCUCAAACAACUUAUCUAUGAUCUCAAAUGCUCAAACCCUCGUGCGCGAGUAUCAGUCAAGCUUGUUUCUGAGGUUGGUGUCGGUAUUGUUGCUGCAGGUGUGGCCAAAGCCAAGGCUGAUCACAUCUUGAUCUCUGGCCAUGAUGGUGGUACAGGUGCUUCACGUUGGACCGGCAUCAAAUACGCUGGUCUGCCAUGGGAACUCGGUCUCGCUGAAACCCAUCAGACCCUUGUGUUGAACGAUCUGCGAGGACGUGUGAUUGUCCAAACCGAUGGCCAGCUUCGUACUGGUCGUGAUGUUGCCAUUGCUUGUUUGCUUGGUGCUGAGGAAUGGGGCUUUGCGACAACUCCUCUCAUUGCCAUGGGUUGUAUUAUGAUGAGAAAGUGCCACUUGAAUACAUGCCCAGUCGGCAUUGCGACCCAGGAUCCUGUACUACGGCAGAAAUUCCAGGGCACACCUGAACACGUCAUCAAUUUCUUUUAUUAUAUUGCUAAUGAGCUUCGAGCAAUCAUGGCGCGCUUAGGUGUGAGAACUGUGAAUGAAAUGGUUGGUCAUGCCGAGUUGUUGAAGGUGCGUGAGGAGAUUCGCACACCGAAGACCGAGAACAUCGAUCUCUCUUUGAUCCUUACACCCGCGCACUCCAUCCGUCCAGGUGUUGCAACCUACAACGUUCGGAAACAGGACCACAAGCUGCACACUCGUCUCGAUAACAAACUUAUCUCCGAAUCUGAGCUCGCACUCGAGAAGGGUCUUCCCUGCCGGAUUGAGACUGAUAUUGUCAACACUGAUCGUACUCUAGGUGCCACCCUAUCUUACCAAAUCAGCAAGCGAUAUGGUGAAGCGGGCUUACCUCAAGACACCAUCCAUGUCAAUAUCAGAGGAUCUGCAGGUCAAUCAUUUGGUGCAUACUUAGCACCAGGUGUUACCUUGGAACUUGAGGGUGAUGCCAAUGACUAUGUCGGCAAAGGUCUCUCAGGAGGUCGUUUGAUCAUCUACCCUCCACGAAGUGCAGUCUUCAAGGCAGAGGAGAACAUUCUGAUUGGCAACGUCUGCUUGUAUGGUGCAACCCAAGGCACAUGUUACUUCCGUGGUGUUGCUGCAGAACGUUUCGCUGUUCGAAACUCUGGCGCCAAUGCUGUCGUUGAAGGUGUUGGUGAUCACGGUUGUGAGUACAUGACCGGUGGCCGUGUGGUUAUCCUUGGAAGUGCUGGUCGCAACUUUGCGGCUGGUAUGUCUGGUGGUAUCGCCUAUGUUCUUGACAUGAACCAAGAUUUCCAUUCCAAGAUCAAUAUGGAGAUGGUUGAAGUCUCUGGUGUCGAGGACCCAACUGAGAUUGCUUUCCUUCGAGGUAUGAUUGAAGAUCAUCAUCAUUAUACGGGAUCCGACCUUGCGGCUCGGAUCCUAUUAGAAUUCAACCGUGCCCUUCCUCGCUUUGUCAAGGUUCUCCCAACCGACUACAAGCGUGUCCUUGCCGAACGUGCAGCCAAGGCCGAAGAAGCGAAGAAAGCAGAGUAUCCACUGCCUCUGCUUCCAGGAAAUGCCGUUCGAGCCCUUCACCAACAGCAACGUGACGCCGCGCAAGACAAAGAGGCUCAACAGAAGAAGGCAGACAUGCUUGACAUUGAGGAGGGUGUCAAUGGCGAUGCUCAAAAGGCGAAACAGAAGGCAGCCUUGGUCCUUGACAAGACUCGUGGUUUCAUGAAAUAUACACGCCGCAGCGAGAAAUAUCGCAACGUCAAGACCCGUACAAAGGAUUGGGCCGAAUUGUCUUCGCGUCUCAAUGAGGACGAGCUCAAAUAUCAGUCAGCACGAUGCAUGGACUGCGGCGUUCCCUUCUGUCAAUCUGACACUGGCUGCCCAAUCUCCAACAUUAUUCCCAAAUGGAAUGAACUCGUGUUUCAAAAUCAAUGGAAGGAUGCUCUGAAUCGACUUCUGAUGACCAACAAUUUCCCUGAGUUCACGGGUCGGGUGUGUCCAGCUCCUUGCGAAGGUGCCUGUGUUCUGGGCAUCAACGAAGACCCUGUAGGGAUCAAGAGUAUCGAGUGUGCCAUCAUCGACAAAGGGUUCGAGAUGGGAUGGAUGGUGCCCACCCCCCCUACCGAGCGCACUGGUAAGACGGUGGCGGUCAUUGGAUCUGGUCCUGCGGGUCUCGCCACUGCUGAUCAGCUCAAUCGUGCCGGACACAACGUCACGGUCUAUGAGAAGUCCGAUCGCGCCGGAGGCCUCCUCAUGUACGGUAUCCCCAACAUGAAGCUCGACAAGCGCAUUGUCCAACGCCGAGUGGAUCUGAUGGCUGCUGAGGGUGUUGUCUUCAAGACCGGCAUUCUUGUUGGCCCCAAUGAAGAAACCAGUCUUGCCUCUCUACGUGCAAGCCACGAUGCUGUCGUUAUUUCUACCGGUGCUCAAGUUCCCCGCGAUUUGAAGAUCAAGAACCGAGAAAAUGAGGGUAUUCACUUUGCCAUGGAGUUUUUGCAUGCAAAUACCAAGUCCCUCCUGGACUCUGAGCUCGGAGACGGCAAGUAUAUCUCUGCCAAAGACAAGCAUGUCAUUGUCAUUGGUGGUGGAGACACUGGCAACGAUUGCAUUGGUACCUCACUCAGACACGGUGCUAAGUCCAUCACCAACUUUGAGCUGUUGCCACAGCCACCACCGGAGCGGGCUCGAGAUAACCCCUGGCCUCAGUGGCCCAGAAUUUACCGUGUUGAUUAUGGUCAUACCGAGGUCAAGCAACACUACGGUAAAGAUCCCCGUGAAUACUGCGUCAUGACCAAAGACUUCGAGGUUAAGGAUGGCCGUGUUGUCGGCAUCAACACAACUCGUGUUGACUGGACCAAGAACUCGACUGGCGGGUGGGACAUGAAGCCUAGAGAAGGCAGUGAGGAAUACUUCCCUGCUGACCUCGUUCUCCUCUCCAUGGGUUUCCUCGGACCAGACGAGCAUCUGUUCAAUGCAGAGGUGGAGUUGGAUCCACGCAAGAACAUCAAGACACCAAAGAAUCAAUACAACACCAGUCUAGAUGGUGUGUUUGCCGCUGGUGAUUGCCGUCGUGGACAAUCCCUCAUCGUUUGGGGCAUCAACGAAGGUCGACAGUGCGCUCGUCAAGUAGACACCUUCCUCAUGGGUACAGGUUCUGCUCUACCAGUCACUGGUGGUAUUGUUCGACGUCAUCAGCAUGAUACCGUUCCUACUCCCAGACAAUCAAAGGCCCACAAGCAAGGAGACAUGGCACACGCUUCUGAGGAAUUCAAGCGUGGUACUGACAUCAAAGUCUCUGCUUAA